AUCCACAAACAAAAAAAAAGCACAGCCAGCCCAAUAUAUUUUUCCUCCUCUCUCUUUCUCUCGUAGGGUUUAUUGAAACCAAAAAAAAAGACUCCAUUUUUAUCUCCAAAACCCCUCUAUUUUCCUCUGUUUUCUCAAACCUCAAUCAAUGAAAUCAUCAACAAUGGAAGCAGAAACAGACCCACAAUCCCACAAAUCAAAGAAGAAAAAGCGAAAAACAUCCACCAUUGUUGCUGAAAUCAAGAUGUUGAAGGAAGAACCAGAUAAAAAUGCACCAUAUUUGGGAUACUACCCAUCUGGGUUAGACCCACUAAGCCCUGAAAUCGUAGAAUCAAACAACCAUAAGUUUUAUAGAAAUCAGAAAAAGAUUAAAAGAGUUGAACUUGUUGUUAAACCAACUGGGUUUGGUGUUAACUAUGUUGGUAAUAAUUAUUCUGGUGAAGCAGCUUCUGGUAGAAUGAACAGUUUUGCUCUUUGUGUUGUUCAAAAAAAUCGUCAGUCUUUAACAGUUGUUCCUAUUACUGCUAACAAGGUAUUCAGGCUACAACCAUGGGUUAAAGGAGCACAAAUAGCUGACAAGGAGCCAGACACUCCUGCCAAGAUCGAUACUGAAGAAGAGAGAAGAAUGAAACAGCGUUUGCUUACUGAUCGAUAUGGUACCAAGGGCGCAAUUGGGAAGGAGAAGAAAGCAAUGCAGCGGCGUCAAAAGGAAGAUCCUAGUGCCCAGGAGGAGUUGAACCAGAUCCUAGAGGAAACUCCUGUAGACAAGUCAGCACUAAUAAGCUCCACUUUGGACACAUCCCGCAGUAUUCCCCCAUAUGAUCUUUCUGCUACAACACCAGAAAAGGCUUAUCUGCUUGAUAAAAUAAUUUCCAAAGGAGAAUGGGAAUAUGUGAAGGACAUUCUGGAGCUGUUGCAAGCUGGGAAGGAGAUUAAAUCUGAUGUUUACCCAAGCUUUGUGUGCAACCGAUUAUACAGAGUGGAAUUAAACAAGGAUGAAUCAGAGAAAGGAAGACUUGCUGGCAUCCUUUCAUACAUCAGCCAUCUCGUAAACUAUAAAGAUCGAAAUUCCAUAGAUGGCGGCUCAUCUAAGAAUCAGAAAUCCAUCCCGACCAUUCUUCAACAGAAGUUCAAAACUUUAUUUGCCGAUCCAGAAAAGAACAGGCUAUCUGAUGAGAAAAUAGGUUCCCUCAUCAGCUAUGUGCUAGUUCUCACCCUAUUCAUUGACGAAUUCGAGACUGAUUUCAGAGAUAUUGCUAAGGAUUUGAAGAUGUCUGCCCUCCGCUUGAGAACUUAUUUCAAGAAUUUGGGUUGUAAGUUUAAGAGAUCAAAAAAUGUGGCUUUCCUAUCUGUUCCUCUCAGUUUCCCUUCGCCUGUGACAAAGAGAAGAAGAGCAGGUGGGCGGUAAAUGUGACGGCUCUAGGGAUGGCAGUGGGGCGGGUCAAGUAGGAGACCUGCCCCAUCCCCGCCCAAUUGGGGCGAGGAUGGGUCUAGGUUUGGCAGGGAUGGGGCGGGGAUGGGGAUUAAAAUUGUACCCGCAAUGGGCGGUGGAGCGGGUGUGGAUUUUAUGUUAUACCCGCCACAUCCCCGCCCCAUCCCCACCCGGCCCGCCCCACCCUGCCUGCCCCACCCCCUCAUGGUUUAUCAAAAAAAGUAAUUGGUCUUUCUUGUCGUAUUUUGUUUUACUGGUUUAAAUUUGGAUAAACAUGCUUUAUCUUGCUUUUAGGUUAUGUGUUAAUCAUGGAAAAUAUAUUGAUAUACGUAUGUAUUCCCAAGUAAUGUAUUGUUGAAGUCAGUUUGUUAAGAACGUGAUGUUUUAUGAUUAGAGUUUCCAGUAUAUGAGAAGAUAGCAAUUAUUGAACUAUUAUAUAA